CGCGGACCUUUGCCCCGCCUCCUUCCACACCCGUUCCCUUGACAGCUGGGCUGCGCUCCGGGCCGCGGCAAGCCGCGAGCGCGCAGGCGCAGCAGCCCCGCGCCGCGCUAGGCAGGCCUGGAGGGCGGGACAGGCGCUAGGAGCUCCCGGCCGGGGGCGCGCACGUAGGCACGCAGACGCCGUCACGUGGGUCGCCGAGGAUCGCAGUGCGCGUGGCCGUGGCGGCUGGUGUGGGGUUGAGUCAGUUGUGGGACCCGGAGCUGCUGACCCAGCGGGUGGCCCACCGGACCGGUGACACAGCGGCAGGCGUUAGGGCUCGGGAGCCGCGAGCCUGGCCUCGUCCUAGAGCUCGGCCGAGCCGUCGCCGACGUCGUCCCCCGCCCCCAGUCAGCAAACCGCCGCCGCGGGCGCGCCCCCGCUCUGCGCUGUCUCUCCGAUGGCGUCCGCCUCAGGGGCCAUGGCGAAGCACGAGCAGAUCCUGGUCCUCGAUCCGCCCACAGACCUCAAAUUCAAAGGCCCCUUCACAGAUGUAGUCACUACAAAUCUUAAAUUGCGAAAUCCAUCGGAUAGAAAAGUGUGUUUCAAAGUGAAGACUACAGCACCUCGCCGGUACUGUGUGAGGCCCAACAGUGGAAUUAUUGACCCAGGGUCAACUGUGACUGUUUCAGUAAUGCUACAGCCCUUUGACUACGAUCCGAAUGAAAAGAGUAAACACAAGUUUAUGGUACAGACAAUUUUUGCUCCACCAAACACUUCAGAUAUGGAAGCUGUGUGGAAAGAGGCAAAACCUGAUGAAUUAAUGGAUUCCAAAUUGAGAUGUGUAUUUGAAAUGCCCAAUGAAAAUGAUAAAUUGAAUGACAUGGAACCUAGCAAAGCUGUUCCACUGAAUGCAUCUAAACAAGAUGGACCUAUGCCAAAACCACACAGUGUUUCACUUAAUGAUACCGAAACAAGGAAACUAAUGGAAGAGUGUAAAAGACUUCAGGGAGAAAUGAUGAAGCUAUCAGAAGAAAAUCGACACCUGAGAGAUGAAGGUUUAAGGCUCAGAAAGGUAGCACAUUCGGAUAAACCUGGAUCAACCUCAACUGCAUCCUUCAGAGAUAAUGUCACCAGUCCUCUUCCUUCACUUCUUGUUGUAAUUGCAGCCAUUUUCAUUGGAUUCUUUCUAGGGAAAUUCAUCUUGUAGAGUGAAGCAUGCAGAGUGCUGUUUCUUUUUUUUUUUUUUUUUUCUCUUGACCAGAAAAAGAUUUGUUUACCUACCAUUUCAUUGGUAGUAUGGCCCACGGUGACCAUUUUUUUGUGUGUACAGCGUCAUAUAGGCUUUGCCUUUAAUGAUCUCUUACGGUUAGAAAACACAAUAAAAACAAACUGUUCGGCUACUGGACAGGUUGUAUAUUACCAGAUCAUCACUAGCAGAUGUCAGUUGCACAUUGAGUCCUUUAUGAAAUUCAUAAAUAAAGAAUUGUUCUUUCUUUGUGGUUUUAAUAAGAGUUCAAGAAUUGUUCAGAGUCUUGUAAAUGUUAUUUUAAUAAUCCCUUUAAAUUUUAUCUGUUGCUGUUACCUCUUGAAAUAUGAUUUAUUUAGAUUGCUAAUCCCACUCAUUCAGGAAAUGCCAAGAGGUAUUCCUUGGGGAAAUGGUGCCUCUUACAGUGUAAAUUUUUCCUCCUUUACCUUUGCUAAUAUCAUGGCAGAAUUUUUCUUAUCCCUUGUGAGGCAGUUGUUGACUGAGUUUUUCAUCCUUACAAUCCUGUCCCAUGGUAUUUAACAUAAAAAAAAAUAAAACUGUUAACAGAUUCUUGCUCGAUAGCUUGUUUGUGUCUGUCGUGUUAUUAGAGGGAACUCCACUAUAUAUGGUCACUUGAAAUUAUGAUGCAAAGGUUUCUCUUGCAUUGAAACCCUCUUGGAUAUUACAGUAUUUUUAAUUGAAAGUCCUAAUUCUGUUAAGGAAAGGAGUUGAUUAAAUUUUAAGGUACUACUGGUAUUUUGGGAGAUUAUGAUCAGUUUGUUUUCAAGAUAAUAGAAAAUAAGGUCCAUGAGAAUAGAAGUUAUGCGAUUUCAGUGAGUUGAUGUGUACAGCAUGGCUGUGCUCCAUCUGAUUUACCCCAUUCUUAAGUUCUGAGAGUAUGUUCUCAAGGAAGAUUUAACUCUCUUUGGUUUUAAAUUACUUUUUAACCAGCCUAAUAAAUAAGUCUUACUACUUUUCAUAAUAAUAUUUCAUAAUAGUUAAAAGUAGGUGUUUUUUCGUGCCCAAUUUGGCACUCAAAAUAAUGUUCAUUAUGGAAGUUUGGUAAUACUGAGCAAGCCUGUGGAAUUUUCUUUAUGAAAAAUGAUUUUAGCCUUUGCAAAUGUUAACCAUGUGAAACACAUUUUCAGUAUAAGUAUGCGUUACAGGGUUUGAUACUUUCCUGCACUUAGGUUUGUCCUAUUCUUCAUUUAUUCAUACUAGGAUAGAAAAUUUUGGAAUCAGAAAAUAGAUCCAGUUUUUAGCUACAUACAAUCUAGUACAAGUGAAUUUUUAUUCUUAAACAUAGAUGUUGGCUCUUUUUUUAAAAGAUGCGCUCUACCUGAAAAGGAAAUUGGAUUUUAGAACUGGAUGUGGUGCAGUGAAGUAUUUUAGGCCCAGGUCUGUGUACACAUUUUAUAGAAGAGUGAAGUAUUCUGAAGUAUUUUGGUUGCCUUUUCAUUUCAACUGUGUUUUGAAUUUGUCAGAUCACACAUAUAUUGUGUUAUUGGGCGCUGUGGUAUCUUUUAUAAAACCUCGUGCUUGUGUGCAAAAGUUCCUAAAAGGAAACACAAGUAAUGCCUAUGCAUUACUAGCAUGCUAUGCUGCAUGCUUUACUGUCUUUGUAAAAAUCCCCCCCCUCCCCUUUUCUGGUAACUGGAAAAGCAUGCUAAAAAUAGUCUUAUAUUUUCACCCUGUAAGUGCAGAAUCAGUAAUUCCUUGGCUUAAAGCUCUUAUAUAAUCAAUAUUAUUGGUGAUAAAUACCAAGUUUGGUAUCUCAUAGCUAUCUUUUUUUAAAGAAAUUAAGUUCUUGAAAAUUUAGCUAAAUCCCGUUUUAUGGGAAUGCUCUUUAGAAUUCAUUUUGUUCAGCCCCUUUGUUCUAUAGUUGAGAAAUCUGAGGCCUUACGAAGGUUAAGAGAACUUUCCCCGCGUCUCACAGGUAGGUAGAGGCAGAGCUGGAACUAGAAAUCUGGUCUGUUGAUUCUAGCUCAGUGUCUUCUGGUAACUGUUGAAAAUUGUCUUAGUUUGAGAGAUGGCUGAAAUAAUGAACAUAAAAUGCUAUUUAUAAUAACAAGUAUAUGUGAAAUUUCUUAUUGUAAGACUACUACCGGCUUACUGUUGAAUAGUUUGGUUAUAGUGUUUAGGCUAGACAUGCCUCCCACAUUGGUAAUAAAUAAACAUUACAAAAUACAAUGUAUUUUUAGGUAGGCAUUUUAUAAAAUGCAUUAUGCCAUGGUUGCUUUUGAGAUAGAUUGUAGUCUGGGUAGCAUCUUUAAAAUGUAUGUGGGCUUAACUGUUGUUCAUAUCAGGAGAUGCUCUGAUUGUAUAGGUGAGACUCUGUUUCUGUUAUUUUUAAUUGCUGUAUGAAAUGUGAUCAGAUUAUUUUACUGCCAACAGUUAUAGUUUGAAAGUCCAACUGUAUUAAUUGACUGAUAAUAUGAUAAUAUAGAGAUUAAAUUGUUUGUCUUCAUUCCUUA